UUUUUUUAACACCAUUUUUUCGCACACGUGGAGGAGCGCGUGGAUUUCCUACCAUGAUCUUGGCAAACGCCUUCUGCAUCGUCCUCCUCGUGGAUGAGAUGCUGCGCUCGCUGGCCGGGCCGCCCCCCGCGCCCCUGGACUGCGUUCGCGCCACCGAGCUGUGCGCGGCCGACGCGGGCUGCAGCUCCCGGUACCGCACCCUGCGGCAGUGCCUGGCCGGGCGCGACAGGAACACCCUGCUGGCCAACCGCGAGUGCCAGCUGGCGCUGGGCGUGCUGCAGGAGAGCCCGCUGGAGCGCUGCCGCUGCAAGAGGGGCAUGAAGAAGGAGCUGCAGUGCCUGCAGAUCUACUGGAGCAUCCACCUGGGGCUGGCCGAAGGAGAGGAGUUUUAUGAAGCCUCCCCGUACGAGCCGGUCACCUCUCGUCUCUCUGAUAUAUUCAGACUCGCUUCAAUUUUCUCAGGAAUGGACCCGGCCACCACCUCCAAGAGCAACCACUGCCUGGACGCGGCCAAGGCCUGCAACCUCAACGACAACUGCAAGCGCCUGCGCUCGGGCUACAUCUCCACAUGCAGCCGGGAGCUGUCGGCCACCGAGCCCUGCAGCCGCCGCAAGUGCCACAAGGCCCUGCGCCAGUUCUUCGACCGCGUGCCCGGCGAGUUCACCUUCCGCCUGCUCUUCUGCUCCUGCAAGGACCCGGCGUGUGCCGAGCGCCGCCGCCAGACCAUCGUCCCCUCCUGCUCCUACGAGGACAAGGAGAAGCCCAACUGCCUGGACCUGCGCGGCGCCUGCCGGGCGGAUCACCUGUGCAGGUCCCGGCUGGCCGAUUUCCACACCAACUGCCAGGCCACCUUCCAGUCCCUGACCAACUGUCCUGGGGACAACUUCCAGGCGUGCCUGGGCUCCUACGCAGGGCUCAUCGGCUUUGACAUCACCCCCAACUACGUGGACGCCAGCACCACCAGCAUCACCAUCUCGCCCUGGUGCUCCUGCAAAGGCAGCGGGAACAUGGAGGAGGAGUGCGAGAAAUUCCUGCGGGAUUUCACGGAAAACCCCUGUCUCCGAAACGCCAUCCAAGCUUUUGGGAACGGCACCGACGUGAACCUGGCUCCCAAAAUUCCCAAUCCCGCCACGACAGUGCUGCCGAAGGUGAAGAGCCCGGUGCUGCUGGACGACGUCAACGACAGCAACACUGCCUACGACACGAGCGUCAUCAGCACCUGCACCUCCCUCCAGGAACAAGGCCUGAAGCCCAACCAAUCCAAGGAGCAGAGCUUGUGCUACUCCCAGGCCCAGCUGACCACGGACGUGAUGCCGGACCAGAAGACUUUCACGGAUCCCAAGGCGGGAAGCAGCCGGCAGCGGGAGAGCCGGAUCCUGCUCCUCAUUCCCAUCCUGAUCCCGGUGCUGGGGCUAUAGAGCGGCGGGAAGGAGCGGCCGGUGGGACGGGGACGCUCGGACCAGUGCCCACCAGUGCCCACCAGUGCCCACCAGUGCCCACCAGUGCCCACCACUGCCGCUGCUCGUGUCGGAGACUGGAACGCUCCCAAAUCCCAGGAAUGCCGAGCUCCAGAGAGGCAGGAGGAGCCUCCACCACGCUGGGAAACUUUGGUGGUUUUCUUCCUACUUUUAAUUUUUCCCGUUUUUUGGGGGGAUUUUUUUUUUGUUUUGGUCUUUUCUGGGUCGGUUUUCCUGAGUGGCUCCUGGGAAAACUGCCUGGAAUGGGCCUGGAAUGGGGGUCUGGAGCUGCCAGCGGUGCCGGGGAGGGGGAAAAAGUCAGAGAAAGGUUUUGGGAAAGGCGAAUUUCAGGAUUCUUUGCACUGGGGCGGCCACAGGGACGACGAGGAUUCCGCAUGGGAACAUCCUGGAGGAUGAAGGCGCCAUCGGGAGCCACCUGGAGGGGACUCCCGCAGCUCUUCCCGUUGGAUUUUGGGGGAUUUUGGUUGGGAUUUUUCCUCGGAGAGUUUCCGAAUGGAAGAGAAAAGAAACUGGUGUGAAACGCGUGAGGUUGUGCUGAUGUUUUCAAUCAUUCCAGGGGAAGAGGUUCCAUUUUCUUUUUUUUUUUUUUAUUUUUUUUUUAAUUUGGAAUUUGGGUUGGGAGUGGAAUUUGACCCAUCCAGGGUUGGAAUUCCCUAUUUUCCCUCUCCACAUUAUUUCCUAUAUACAUAUAACAUAUGGAUAUUCUCAUAUACAUAACCCUACCCACGCUGUGGCUUUUUAAUUCCCAUUUUUCCCUUUAUUUUCCCUUUUUUUU